CCAAACAGGAAGUAAACACGGCCAGGGAAAGUCUUUAAACUUUGUGUGUGUGUGUGUGUGUGUGUAUGUGUGUGUGAUGCCUCGAAGACCUGUUAACGGGUUUAAAGAUGUCUUCAAGGGCUCACAUAUGGCUGGCUUUAUUCGUGAUUUACCUUCUAGAUUUGUGUAACGUUAUAUUUGCCAAAGGGAAAUUAAAUGUGCUGUUUAUCAUAGCUGAUGAUUUGAGACCCACUCUGGGUUGCUACUCCGAUCCAGUGGUGAAAUCACCCAAUAUUGAUCAGCUCGCCUCUAAAAGCACCGUGUUCUACAACGCCUUUGCACAGCAAGCAGUAUGUGGCCCAAGCAGGACAUCCUUCCUUACGAGUCGAAGGCCGGACACCACCAGACUGUACGACUUCAACUCCUACUGGCGAGUCAGUGCAGGCAACUACACCACGCUGCCGCAGUAUUUUAAAUCCAACGGCUACACGACACUCUCGGUGGGGAAAGUCUUCCAUCCAGGCAUCGCCUCCAAUCAUACGGAUGAUUACCCUUACAGCUGGUCUGUACCACCGUAUCAUCCAGCCUCUUUCAACUAUGAAAAGAGGAAGGUUUGCAAGAACAAAGACGGCACACUUCACAGUAACUUGCUGUGCCCGGUGAAUGUUUCAGAGAUGCCUUUGAGGACGCUGCCCGACCUGGAGAAUUCAGCAGAAGCCAUAAGGCUGCUCAAAGCCAUGAAAGAUACAGAAAGUCCUUUCUUCUUAGCAGUAGGUUUUUACAAGCCUCACAUUCCCUUCAGAAUACCAGAGGAAUACCUCAAGAUGUAUCCUCUUGAGAACAUGACACUGGCUCCAGACCCAGACGUCCCCAAGAAGCUUCCCGAAGUGGCCUACAACCCCUGGGCUGACAUCCGAAAAAGAGAGGACGUCCAGGCUCUGAAUGUCAGCUUCCCGUAUGGUCCAAUCCCGAAAGACUUUCAGUUGCGUAUUCGUCAGCAUUAUUUUGCAGCCGUGUCGUAUGUGGACGCUCAGGUUGGAAAGAUCCUGCAGACCCUCGAUGAUCUGGACUUAGCCAAGAAUACCAUUGUGGUAUUCACUUCAGACCAUGGCUGGUCCCUCGGCGAACACGGCGAAUGGGCCAAGUACAGCAACUUUGACGUAGCCACCCGUGUGCCGUUAAUAGUGUACGCUCCAGGUGUGACCUCAGCUCUGCCUUGGCCCGGGGGGAAAACCUUCCCCUAUGUAAACGUGCUUGAAAACUCACAGGAGCAGUUCGCUAAAGGCUAUCUGGUGAACAGCGUGGUGGAGCUAGUUGACGUUUUCCCCACCAUGGUAUCUCUGGCCGGACUCCCCUCCAUUCGCCGCUGCCCAGUCCCUUCCUUUAAAACUGACGUCUGCACAGAGGGUUCGAAACUUGUGUAUCUCCUCGGGCGCCGUGAGCGCACCGCUAACCACCAAGCCUAUGCCUACAGCCAGUACCCACGUCCCAGCGACACCAUCCGAGAGGACUCGGACCUGCCUUCGCUCGCCAAUAUCACCGUAAUGGGCUACUCUGCACGCUCUUUUGACUAUCGCUUCACUCUCUGGGUGGGUUUCGACUCCACCCGCUUUCUUGCCAAUUUCAGUGACGUCCAUGCUGGUGAGAUUUACAUCCUUUCCGAGGACCCAAACGAAGACAACAACAUCUUCUAUGAAUGGGAUCAUAAUGAGUUGUUGAUGCUGAAACCUGGUAUGCAGUACCGGUGGAUGGAAAGUCUCAAAGAGCACAUUAUGUACUUUAAAGAGGGUUUAAAAAGAAAACGGAUUCUAUGAUCACUUUUUAAAAAAUUCACAAUUGAUAAAUGACAAUAUAUUGAGUUGCUGCUGUAAGAAAGGGAAGAAAAAAACUCACUUUCUGUUGUAAAUUCCAAGGGAACUGCGGCAUUUGUACGCUGUAAAUUAAAUAAUGUGGUGUUAAGAUAAAACUUAACACAAAAAAGAGGGAGUAAAAAAAAAAUAACAGCCAACGAUAAAGAUUUAGAGCUUAAUGAGGUCACUUAACUUGACCCAGUACAGGUAUUUUUUUGGUGUCACAAAACACUAAUAAAAAAACUAUUUAAAUCUAGAAUUUCAUGUCAGAGAGAAGUAUGAAAGAAGUAACAUGGAAAAUGUCUCAUUUUAAAAACUCACAAAUGAUAUUAGUCAGGUGCACACAGAGAACAGUUGCACAGUGAUUAAUGCUGUUGUGUAACAAUAAGGGAAACGAUUAUUCACAUGGUUACUGUUUCUCUACGUAGUCUUGUUAAAGACCAACAUGCACUUUUGUUUUGCCAGAUUUUGCUCGUCUUUUCGCUCUGAAAAGGUGCCCCACCAUUCAUUCCCACAAUGCAUAAAUUACUUUCUAAAAUAUUCAUGUGGAAGCCAAUAAAUGCAUAUUUUUCAACCUAAACAAAACACAAAAACAA